UUAAAAGUUUUAAGUUUUUAAAUAGACGACCGUUUUAAGAAGUCAUUUAUAUUCUAGAUUUUAUAAUUAAAAAAAUAACGAUUAUUUUUGUGAUAAAAAAUUACAUGUAUUAUUUUAAUUAAAAAUGGCUCACAAACCAACCACAAAAGUUUUAGAAGCUACAAAUCAGGACAAAGGACAUUUAACAUAUUCAACAAAUAUUGUAAAUCCUGAUCUUCCAAAAUCCGCGUUAACAAAUUUUAGUGAAAAAACAUCAAGACAAGAAAAAGUUUCGGGGGCUUUAACAGAAAAAGAAAAUCGAUCGGAAAGUACCAAAUCAACUAGGGCGAAUUAUGGACAAACGGCUAAUAAGGAGGAGAAACACAAAUGGAUAUUAUCAGACUUUGAUAUUGGAAAACCCUUAGGAAAGGGGAAAUUUGGUAAUGUUUACUUAGCGCGUGAAAAGAAAUCCAAGUUUAUAGUUGCUCUCAAAGUUUUAUUUAAAUCUGGCAUUAAAGAAUGUAACAAUGAAAAUCAAGUUCGAAGAGAAAUAGAAAUACAGACCCAUUUGAAGCAUCCCAAUAUCCUAAGAAUGUAUGGAUUCUUUCACGAUGAAUCUAGAGUGUAUCUGAUUCUUGAAUAUGCCCCAAAAGGAGCUCUAUAUUCAAAAUUACUUUCAAGUCCAAACAAAAGAUUUUCGGAGGACAUAGCUGCAAAUUAUAUAGAACAGAUAGCUGAUGCCUUAAGGUACUGCCACACUAAGAAAGUAAUACAUCGAGAUAUUAAACCUGAAAAUUUACUUCUUGGUGCAAAUGAAGAAAUUAAAAUAGCAGAUUUUGGAUGGUCAGUACAUGCCCCAUCAUCUAGAAGAACGACAUUAUGCGGCACCUUAGAUUAUUUAUCUCCUGAAAUGGUAACAGGCAAGGCACACAAUGAAAAAGUAGACUUGUGGAGUCUCGGAGUUCUCUGUUAUGAAUUUUUAACUGGAAAGCCUCCAUUUGAAUCCGCAAGUUAUGAUGAAACUUAUAAAAGAAUAAGUAAAUCCCAAUUUUUGUUACCUUCUUAUUUAUCUGAAGAGGCAGGGCACUUAAUUAAGAGAUUACUAGUGGUUAAACCGGAUUUAAGACUGGAGUUAAGUCAGGUACUCCGACAUCCUUGGAUUUUAAAAUACAAGGGACCUAGAUAAGACUUACAUUAAUUUGUGAUUUUAGGUAAUUUUUACUAUUAAUCUUAUUUUAUAAUAUUGAAUUUAUAAUUAUGGGUACUUAAAAUAUGAAAAUGUAACUUCGGACUGCCCUGUUAAACUUUUCAACAAGUAAUUAUUGCAGCUUAUUAUUGAAGUGCACAAAUUCUUGUUUUGCUCUGGUCAAAUUUUUUAAUGUUUUUUAUAUUUCCUCAUCUAGCUAUAAGAUGAUUUUAUAAUUGCUUUAUUAUUGAGAACCUAAAAUUGUUCAUUUGUAAAGAAC